AGUUGGCGUAAAAGAAAAUACAGAUGGAGAAGGCCAGUCGGCUCGCAGUGUCACACAGAUCCCCCUUGAGCCUCCGUGUCGUCCAGUUGUGACAAUCGCAAUCGACUCCAUGCCCGCGCUCUGUGUGCUUUGUCUCACGGCCACAUUGGCUGUGUUCGCACGGCCCGUCGCCGCCGUGGGGCCCGUCGUCCGGUGCGAACCGUGCGACGCCGUGGCGCUCCUGCAGUGCAAGCCCCUUCCCAAGGACUGCGCGGAACGGUUGAGGGAGCCGGGUUGUGGCUGCUGCGUGACGUGCGCCCUCGGCCGAGGGCAGGCGUGUGGCGUGUACACGGCGCGCUGCGGCUCCGGUUUGACCUGCCAGCACCGGCCGGGGGAGAGCCGACCCCUGCAAGCUCUUUUGGAGGGACGCGGAGUGUGCUCGAGCGCGGCGUCUAAAAAAAACAACACCAUCCUGGUUACGGCGCAAAAGCAAGACCAUGGCAGAAAUCAGGUAGAGGAAGGCCAUGCCAACAAGACGGCUAAAAUGACCAUGUUCCCUGGUUUGUCAGCUGUCCAAGGGGGGCAGAAUGGAGGUGUGAUGGACACCAGGCCUCUAUUACACAACAAGCUGCUAAAGAAAGAUCAGAACAGGAAGACACACAGCUUCAAGGUGGAGUUGGUGUCAGAGGGAGCCAAUAUGGAUACGCAGAACUUCUCCCUGGAGAACAAAAGGGAGACUGAGUAUGGCCCAUGUCGACGGGAGAUGGAAAGUAUCCUAAAUAGUCUCAAAAUCAGCAAUGUGCUCAACCCAAGAGGCUUCCGGAUACCCAACUGUGACAGAAGAGGCUUCUAUAAGAAAAGACAGUGCCGUCCAUCCAAAGGCAGAAGGCGGGGAUACUGCUGGUGUGUGGACAAAUACGGACAGCCCCUUCCUGGCUAUGACGGCAGAGAUCGGGAUGAGAAACAGUGUCACAACCGUGAAAGCCAAUGAGAGGACAGAACUGUUUGUUCUCAAGAGAAUGAUCGAGCUAAAAGCUAAGAAAACUUGGAGUAGCGAGAAAUAUAUCAUCUGCACUAUUUUGCUAGGGAGAGAGAGAAAGGAGGGAAUUUUCCACUGACUUUUAAAGAACUUCUUUGUGACUGUGACCCCAAAAAUGCAAGCGCCUCCAUAUCAAUGUUGUCUGUCUGUGAACGUGCCACUGUGAGUCUCUCAGCUCUUGUCUUGAAGUGUGAGUGCUCGCAUUACAUGUAUGUGUGCAUAGCUGCAUGUUUGUGCAAGAGGUGUGGGAGUUUGUUUUCCCAAAAAGUGUUUGUGUAAAUACUAUACAGUACAUCAUUAAGCUAAGAGCCCCCAAGUCCAGGCCCUGUACCAUUCAACAAUACAAAAAAAAAAAAAAAACUGUCUCAGGGUCCUUUUAGAAGAGAAGGAUUAUGGCACGGCACGGCUUUGUUUUGAUAUUUAGCACAUUGGCCUUCAUCACUGUGUCUAUCUUGUAAUUCAUAAUUCCUGUAGCAGGAAAGGAACAGAUGCAAACCCUGCAGUUACAGUGCCUUACACCUGACCUUUACAAGCUUCCCCCCAAUGCACCCUCCAAAGUAAAUCUAUCUCUCGAGUAUCAAAUACACUCCUCAGGUUUAUAUGUGCGCAGCAUGCACUUUCAAAACAGACAGCAGAUUUAAUUAGCAGCAAUUAUAACAGCCCAAAGCUAAAAAAAUCAGUUUCUUUAAGUAAAACACUUCUGUUUACCGAUAGUUUAAUAUUAGGGCUGUAACUAACGAUUGUUUUAAUAAUCGAUUCAUCUGUCAAUGAUUUUUUUCGAUGAAUCGGAUUAAAACUUUUUUUUUUUUUUUUUUUUAAUUUCAAAUUGACUUAGCAGAAAAUGCACACAAAUAAAUUAUGAUUCAGUUCUUGGUUUGGUGUCAGAAAUGAGGUAAAAAUCCUGAUCUUUGUUUUGCAAAGGAAAAGCAAAUGUUUGCAAAUGUCUUAUUUAGAUUCAACACCAAGAUAAUCAGUCCGCUUUCAUGGAGGACUACAGAAAUCAGAGAAUAUUUACUGUUGGGAGGCUGAAAUUCCCAGUAUUUGGACAAUUUUAAGUCAAACAAGGUCUCUGAAUGAUUAAUUGAUUAUCAAAAAUAGUUGUCGAUUAAUCGAUUCAUUGUUGCACCGCGACUCAACAUUUUUUUCAUUAGAAUAGAUGAAUUGCAUGAGAGAUAAUGAUUGGACUACCACGACACAUUAACAGUGGACUAGUGUGAUCAUUGAUGGCAACAGAAAAAAAUAAAAUAAAUGGACGAUGCACAUUGCGUUUUGUUCUAUAUUAUCUAUCUAGAUGCAUCACUCAUUCCAUUAUCAGGUUUUAUCAUGCGCGGUCUUUCCAAAAUGGUCUUCACGUCACACUGUAGUUAAAGGGUUCAGUGUGCCCUCCUGUUGUCUGUUGCCGCCACCUGUUCCAGUCCGUCCAUGAUCCUUCCCACCUGUCAAGCCUUUUUGUCCUCAUCCUGCUUCUCGUCCUUGUCCGUCACACUUGCGCAGAGCUAAGGUCCCUCGUGUCUAAAGCCUGCCGUCCUACAUGGGCCUUGUACUGUAUUUGUGCCUAAUCCUGUUCCCAUCCUUUUCCUGUGUGUUCCGCAUACAUUAUAUGGGACUUUUUUUUACACGACCCUCUUCUCUUCCUGUCAGUGAAAAGAGUAACCCGGUAGCUACAAGCACAAGCACUCAAAGCACUUUAGCUGCACCUGUGCAAAAGAAAAUCGGGCCUUUAUGCAUCUGCGAACGUUUCCUUUCUAUGUCACGUAAGGUAAAUCAGUGCGAUAUACUGUACUGUAAGUAAGAACCCUGGGUGGGGAAGGGGUAUAAAGAAGGAUACACCAGGACUUCAGUGAACAUAGCGAAGGUCCCUUAGAAAUAUUCCAUUCAAUGCAACCAUUCAUUUUGAUUGUUGUUUUUGUUUCUUCGAUAAAAGCUUGUAUGAUCGUAUGCCAACAAAUCUGUAUAAGGUGGACACAGCACCAAAUCUUCUUCCAUUGACACAAGUGGUUGGGGGUCUGAGGGAGGGGGCCUGAUCAUCUCUAAAGCGCUUCCGUCCCGGUGCUCUCCUACAUCAAGAGUAAAGACUUGAAGAACAGUGGACGGGGUGCCGAUAAAGACUGUUACCCGGUAGCUUGGUAGCACAAUCUCGGCUGUACACUUCCUGCAACAGACAGAAAGCAGCAAUUUACAUCUAGCCUGUUGGUGCUAUGUCCCAUCUAUUCAAAGCCUUGAUGUAAGAGGAGGAAAAUGAAUUUAAAAAGAAAAAAAAAAAAAUGAAGCUAUUUCCUCUCUUAUAUUUGUGUGUCUUUUUUAUAUGCAUAUAUUUGUUGGCCACUUCAUGUACAGUACUUAAAAAUAUGCAUUAUUUAUCUAAAACAGAAUUAUAAGCUGAUCCAAACUAGGUUUCCCGUGAAUAUGUCAGUGACUCAGCAAUUGCACAGCGAACUCGAAACAGUCAUUGUAUUUUGGGGAAUAUAAUCACUACUUAAUGUUGUAUUUGUAAUCUGCAAUUUCUUCUGUUGCUCAUGAUCUUUACUGCUUUUUAAUUCCGGUGAUUUUCUCAGAAAGUCACUUCUGCCCAUGCCGCAAUCUUGCCUCAUAGCCAGCUUCAAACUUCUCUAAACUCACUUUUUUAUUUUUAUUUUGACCUGUUUGCCCACUAGCCAUGUUAAGAAUCUCUCUCUGUGCACAGUUUUACUGUCACAUCAAAUCUUCCAGGUUUAGUAAUUUAUUAUUUUUUUGGGGGGGGGGUUAAAACAUUUCUUGAUACUAAACUAGAAAGCUCACAGGUAUCACAUAAUCCAAGAAACGACCUGGUUUGCUUUGAAAUAUAAUUUGUAUUUAAUGUUUUUGGUUUUUUUUAAUAAAAGUGAACAUAUUUUAAGA